UGUAUGUGAGGCAGAAGCUGGCUUUGCUUGUAAAUGAGAGCCUCCCACUCUCCCUCCUGCGGGAACAUCAAGCUACAUUCCAGGCUGCCAAUCUCGCGGGAUUCUCCUUCCAAAAUCUCGCGGAGUUUUCUGCUGUUUGUUGUAUGCGUGUGGCAGUAAGAAAGCUGGCAAGUCAAUGAUGAAGGUGGGGAUGUAGAUGUAGCUUCCAUUGUAAAUUUACACAAAACAUACCUCGUUUAAAUCGUUUACUGCAGGUCGAAGAACAAAUGGGUUUCCAUUGUAAGAAAUAACCAGUCUCGCAAAAUAAAUAAAUAAAAACAAAAAUAUCAAAACCCCCACAAAAAGCAGAAAUACUGGAAUUACACACAUCUGAAGGGUCCUGCUUUCAAAGAGUAUGGAAGUUAUAGUGGAGUAUGACUAUGAAGCCCUCCAUGAAGACGAGCUCACAAUCCGGGUAGGAGACAUUAUUAAACAUGUGAAAAGACUGGAGGAGGAAGGGUGGAUGGAAGGAGAUCUCAAUGGCAAGACAGGCAUGUUUCCAGAUAACUUUGUCAAGGAAAUUAAGAAAGAAACUGAGUCGAAAGAUGACGUCCAGCCAAUUAGGAGAGAGCGAGGAAAUGUUGCCAGUCUUGUACAGAGAAUGAGUACCUAUGGGUUUCCAGCUGGAGCGUUUCAACCACACUCCAAUAACAAGAGUUUCAAAAGGAGAUCAAAGAAACGACAGUGCAGAGUUGUUUUUGAAUACUUGCCACAGAACGAAGAUGAACUGGAGCUGAAAGUGGGAGAUGUGGUAGAUAUUAAUGAAGAGGUUGAAGAGGGUUGGUGGAGUGGAACAAUGAAUGGGAAAUCUGGAUUGUUUCCAUCCAAUUUUGUUAAAGAAAUAGAAGUCUCAGACGAUGGAGAACAGAAUGAUGUUCUUGAUGAUUCAGAGACUAACAGUAAAGAGCUUCCUGGAGCAGGCCCUACUACUCCUACCUCUCCGCUCCUCUCUCCUGGGGUCGGAAAUGGAGCCAUAGCACAGCCAAAGAAAGUCCGAGGAGUGGGGUUUGGAGACAUAUUUAAAGAGGGAUCUGUCAAGCUCAAAGCAAGAUUGUCUAGUAGUGAGUCAGAGGAGAGGAAGCUGGAAAAGCCACUGCCUUCAUUGCCAUCUGCUCCAAAGACUAAUCAGUUGAAUAUGACAGACUUAAUUAAGCUAGAAGGAGAAAGCAAACCUAAAGUAAAUGAAUACUGUAAAGCCCUGUUUGUUUAUGAGGCAACGAAUGAGGAUGAACUGAGUCUUAAAGAAGGUGAAAUCAUACAGAUAUUAAGCAAGGAUACAGGAGAACCAGGUUGGUGGAGAGGAGAGGUCAAUGGCAGAGAAGGGGUCUUUCCUGACAACUUUGUGACUGUGGUAUUAGACUCUGAAAAAGAUGUUGCAGCACCCAAAGCAUCUUUUAGAUCACCUCCGAAAUCAGAAAUAGACGAUAAACCAAAAAAGCCAACACUGCCUGCAAAAUCCCCAGCUCCAAAGCCUGAAGUUCCCAGUGCUGACAGGAAACCUCCUCCAGCCAAGCCUGAGGAAAAAGGUGAUAAGCCAAUCCCUGACCAGAAGCCUGUUAAGCCUGCUGCCCCUUUGGUUCCUCCCAAAAAGCCCAUCCCUCCUCCGGGGAAGGGAAGCAUCCUACUCAGGAUCGGAUCCACAGCUCCUAAAAGGCCAGACAAACCACACCUACCACUGCCUGUAGCUAAACCUAAUGGAGAGGUGCCUUCUAUUCGACCAAAGACAGAAUUCGAACCAGCGAUAAUUCGACCAAAAGAAUCAUCCAUCAGACCAAAGUCUACACCUGGGGGGGAUUCAACAGAUGGUGACAUAGAUCUCAUGAGUUUCAAUGACAUUGCAUCUACCUCAGAGAAACUCUAUCACCCUACCACAAACCGACCGAAGAUGCCUGGCCGGAGACUGCCUACACAGUUUGCCAGUUCUCCAAAUAAAGAUGUUCACAUAGAAAAGGCCCUUAAAGUAGAAGAGGAAGAACAGGUCAAGCCAAAGUUAUUAGAAUUUAAAAAGCCAUCCUUCCAGACGCCACCAACACAGUCCACUUCCAAACCAAUUGCAGUCCAUAUUCCUGCUCAUGAUUUGAAACCCAAAGCAGAAGGAGAGGCUGGGAGUAAAUCUGAAAUAGAAGAGCUCAGGGCACAAAUUAAUCAGAUACUACAUGAUGUGGAACUGCUGAAGACAGAGCAGAAAAAAGAAAUAACUGAUCUGAGAAAUGACUUGAAUGAAGAAAAAGAAAAGCGAAUUGUCUUGCAGAUGGAGAUAGAAAAAUUGAAGACGACAGUCCACCUCACAUGAGGGUCGACAUUAUCAGCAAUAAGAAGAAAGCUCCAACGACAACUGGAAAGAAAAUAUUGUAUGCCUAAAACUUUUUUUAAAUAAUCAUUGCUCUGUUCCACAUAUGGAAGAAAAUUGCCAUGUAUUGCACAUAAUAAGGUCUUUUUAGUUUAGAGUUGUAAUUGAAUACAGAUGUAAAACAAAACAAAAAAAGUUUGUUUUUGUUUUUUGCCAACACAAAUAAUUGAGGCCUUAUUUACUACUGUGCUGGACUUGCAGACUGCAUUCAUUGAAUGUCUAAGGUUUGCUUUCAAUACUACUGAAUCUGUAUAAAGGGAUAGGGGGUUCAAACUAGAUUUUUUAUUAAAUGCUGGUAGUUGAUUUUAAACAUGAGUAUAUAAUUACAGUUAUAUUGGUAUCUAUAAAUAUUGUUACAUAAAAUGAUAUAGCCUAGUAGCAGGAAUGCAUUGGUUACUCCUUCUAAAGGAAGAAUAUAACUUUGUUUAUUUCGUUUUUCAACAUUCCUUUCCAGGAUAACACUAUCGUGCCUGUAGAAAUACUUCAGUGCAAGUGUUAACAUAGAAAUAUUUUAUGUCCAAAAACUAAGAGUGAAGACUUGAUGAUAAUUCAGAAGUCUCAACUUUUUUCAAGCUGUGGGAAAUACGUAAUGCAAAAGUUUGUCUAUUCAUAGUCAGGGACUACUCUAGCAAGCACCCAGAAAAAAGGACCAUUUUAAGUAACUCCAGCUUCAGAUAAGGGAUACAUUAGGAGGACAAGAAUUAUCGAUGUUUGAGUAGACAGACAUUUUCUGUUAGAACCAAACCUUUGGUGUCAGUCCACAUUCACCGAAUAUAAGAUUUUGAUACACUUUACUGGAAGAGAAACCUAUUUUUAAAAACUGUCUUAAAAUCUGGAAAUCUUUUUGUUGUACAGUUUUCAAAAGCCGCUGUCUGUUGUCAAAGCAUAAGGUAUAACAGGGCAAAAGUAAGUUUAGGAAUGAAGUUGAAAUAGUAGACAAAAAGUCAAAUCUGGACCAUCCGUCAUGGCAUAACACAUUUUACAAUUUCAUUUGAAAUCCGAUGUGGUAAAUCCUUAUCAUAUCCCCAAAGGUAGACUGACAAUCUACUAUAAAGUAGAUUCAAAUAAUAUGCUGGUGUUUCUGGUCCCAUUUUACCUCACUCCACCACUAAUUGUGGACCUACUAUACCAGUCUAUAACUCAUAUUGCACUCUGCAGACAUGCAGAGCAAGGUGUUUUCUGAAAUAAAUCUAAUCCUGCAUCAGGUGCAGGUAUGUUUCUGCAGCUGUUCCUUUUGUGCAGCAUGUGUGAUGACCUUUUUAUGUUCUAACAGUAGUUCUCGAUCUUCUAUAUUUUAUAAAGGAGGAACAGUGACCACUGCAACAGUAAAACUCUGCUUUUAAUAAGUGGGUUUCUCUAGUUAUUAUAGUGACAAUCCUUAGUAAUGAUUCAAAAGCCUUUACAAUGUUAUAUAAAAACUGCCUUCUUAUUUCCAUAGCAAUAAAAUGAGUGAGUACAAGGACUUAAUGAAUUAAAAGAAAAUCUUGUUAUAUAUAUAUAUAUAUAUAUAUAUAUAUAUAUAUAUAUAUAUAUAUAUAUAUAUAUAUAUAUAUAUAUAUAUGUAUAAAGUAUAUAAAGUAUAUAUGUUGCUGCUAUGAUCAUUUUUAAGCCAUGAUACUGUGUCACCCAGGUAACAAAAAUACAUUUGUGCAUUUCUUUGUUUUAACGAUUAUGUUGUAAAAAGGGACUAUGGACUGAAAACAUUCCGUUUUAUAUAAAUAACUAAUGACCAAACACAUUUAAAGUCUAUUCCCAAUUACUGUGUUUCCAAGUGCUGUACAAUUGCAUGAAUAAUUGAAAAAUUGUUUUCAAAAACAAAUAAAUAUCCAAUGUAUGUAUGUAUUCUCUUCUGAAUUCUGAAUAUUAUAAUUUGCUUUUUUCUUUUCCUGAGAUUAUGUUGUAAAGUUUGUUACUUGUAAAGAUUUAACAGUGUCCCACUGUAUACUGUGUUGUCUAUUCCUCAACUGUGGAGCCCAUCAGCCAAUGUGUAUCACAGAACGAUGUUUCUUUCAGUACUGUCAUGCAAGAAAUGUUUGAGGGAAGGGGCUGGAUGAGGUGUAUAAUUCAUACAUCCUAUACAGAUGACACAUGUGUUUUACAGAAUGAACAAUAAGUCACAGGAUUGAGGCAUUAUAUGGGGAACAAAUCACACCAAAAUAUACAGUACAUUACAAUAAGCUAUAAUACCUACAGUGCACAGGGGUGAACAUGUGGCAACGAUCCACAGUGAGUUGGCAGGGGGCACACAAAACAUAUUCUCCUUAUUGGUUUGGCUUCAUGGCUACAGAGUGAAAUACAUGCAUUUUACACUUUUAAUAAAUUGUUAAUGUAUAUGCAUUUAUAUAGACAAA